UAACGUCCUUUGUUCUUUCUGUCAUUCCAUGAUUACAUCAAAACGAAAACGCUUUCAUUUAACUUGAGACAAAAGAUACAGAUUUGAAAACACUCCAUUGGUAGAUCAUUUCAUCGAUCAGAGCGAGAAUCUAUAAAUUUCCAAUCCAUCACUCACUUUUAGUCCCUACUUGAACACAGAGACUUCAAAAUUUUUAAUUUUUUAAUUACACAAAAUAGUGACAUAUUGCCCUUUUAAAAUUACUAAAAUGGUUAUUAUAUUCCUACUUUUUACUUGUCAGGAACUUCGGCUUUGCCAAGAUCGAUAUCUUCCUUCAUUUUUUGCUUCAAUUAUUAGCUCAACAGAGAAAAGAUGUUAACGUGCAUAUCUUGUUCAAAGCAAUUGGACGAUUCAGAUGAAGAUACGCGUGGGACUCCAAGUAACAAAGAUGCCGUCAAAGGCCUUACGUCUCAGAUUAAGGACAUGGCAUUGAAAAUCUCGGGGUCCCAUAAGCAAUCCAAGCCUUCCACAGCAUCAAGCAGCUACCGAAGAACGCAGCGGUCUUACCCGGACUUCGAUAAUGUAUCGGAAGGAAUCAAUUACCCGUACAUGCAUAACGACAGCUCGAGUUCGACACCGGCAUGGGAUUUCCCUAGUGUUAAUAGGGACAAUUCUGGAAUGGGAUGGGAUGCAAGAUUUAAGGGGAUAUCUGGUGGUGACCGAACACCAAGAGGACAUGAAUCUGUAUUGGGCCGGUCGGGUGAUGUGAUCCUCCUUGAAGAUGAGGAACCCAAGGAGUGGAUGGCUCAAGUUGAACCUGGAGUUCACAUCACCUUUGUCUCACUUCCUCAGGGUGGUAAUGAUCUCAAGCGAAUUCGUUUCAGCCGAGAGAUGUUCAAUAAAUGGCAAGCUCAACGAUGGUGGGGAGAGAAUUAUGACCGAAUCAUGGAGCUCUACAAUGUACAGAGAUUUAAUCGGCAAGCUCUUAAUACUCCACCAAGGUCUGAGGAUGAGAGAGAUUCUUCAUACUCAAGAAUUGGAUCAGCAAGGGAAAGCCCAGUCACUCCAUCAUUGAGUAAAGAGAGGAUACCAAAGAACUACUACAAGCCUUCAGGCAGUAAAGGAGGUUACUUUCCUCCAGAUCCUCUGGAACAAGGAAGCCAACAUGGACAUCCACAACACUAUAAUGCUGCUGGAUCGAGUGUUUAUAUUCCAGGGUUCAAGGGAGAAACAUCUUCAGUUGAUGCAUCAAGGACAACAACCUCAUCCAGAGACGAAGCCUCGGCUUCUAUUAGUAAUGUCAGUGAUCAGGAGACAGAAUGGGUUGAACAAGAUGAACCUGGGGUGUACAUUACCAUCCGACAACUGCCGGACGGCACUAGAGAGCUCCGGCGUGUUAGAUUCAGCCGCGAAAGAUUCGGAGAGGUUCAUGCAAAGCUGUGGUGGGAAGAGAAUAGGGAAAGAAUACAAGCGCAAUACCUCUAAAUUAGAAUUUUCAUUAUUAACCAAAUUAAUCGAGGGGAGAUUGCAGCACAGGUACUUGCCAAAAUAUUUCUCUCACCAGAAGAUCCACUGGUACGCCAAAAAAUUGAAUACAGGAGGGAGCUGCUUUUCCUUUUCUAUCUUUUACUUAAUUUUUGCUACUUUGAUUAGCACCAUUUUUUGUAAAAUUUUGGGUCUCUCUGUUAUCUUGGUGAGUUUUAGGCCAAGUUAGUUGGGGUAAGUGGAUCAUCUCUGGUGCUUCGUAGAGUUCUUAUUUCUCUAAAAUUACAGAAUCGAUGUUUGUACUUUGUAACACAGCUUUACAGAAUGAGAAAUGGUAUUGGAUUCA